AUGGCUUCCAACGCCAUCAACCGUGUCACAAAGGGUGACAUGCACAUCGACCCUCUGAGAACAGUGGCCAAGGAAAUGAAGUUUUUGACCGGCAAUAUUCGGAACCUCCUCGGCUCAGGCCACCCUGCGUUGGAAAAGGUUGCGAAAUACUACACACAUGCCGAGGGCAAGCACAUCCGGCCGCUGGUGGUGCUGCUGAUGGCACGGGCGACAGCCCUCUGCCCCAAGGCAGAACGACGAGCUCCGACGCAGACCUAUGCGGGCAUCAACUCGCCCAUCUCCCCUGACGGUAUCCUCUCCGACGUGAACCCGACUUCACCCUUCACCGGCCCGCCGCUGGACCCUCAGCAAUCCAACUCGGACAUUCUGCCGUCGCAGCGCCGGCUUGCCGAGAUCACGGAGCUCAUCCACACGUCGUCCCUCCUGCAUGACGACGUGAUCGACCACUCCGUGUCACGCCGCGGGUCCCCCUCUGCCAACCUCGAGUUCAGCAAUAAAAUGGCCGUCUUGGCGGGCGACUUUCUCCUCGGUCGUGCGUCCGUUGCUCUCGCCCGCCUGCGCGACGCCGAGGUCAUCGAGCUCCUGGCCACCGUCAUCGCGAACCUCGUCGAGGGCGAGUUUAUGCAGCUGAAGAACACGGCGCAAGACGAGCGCAACCCGGCCUGGUCGCAGGAGGCCGUCGACUACUACCUGCGCAAGACGUACCUCAAGACGGCGAGCUUGAUCUCCAAGUCGUGCCGCGCGUCGGCUCUCCUCGGCAACGCCGACGCGGCGACUGUCGAGGCGGCCUACGCGUACGGCAAGAACCUGGGCCUGGCGUUCCAGCUCGUCGACGACAUGCUCGACUACACGAGAAGUGAGAAGGAUCUCGGCAAGCCGGCGGGCGCGGAUCUGGAGCUCGGCCUCGCGACGGCGCCGCUGCUGUACGCGUGGAAGGCGAAUCCGGAGCUGGGUGCGCUAGUUGGGCGCAAGUUUGAGGGGGAGGGCGAUGUUGCGAGGGCCCGCGAGCUGGUGCUGCAGAGCAACGGCAUUGAGCAGACGCGCGCUCUCGCGCAAGAGUACUCGGAGAAGGCGAUUGAGGCGAUCAGCGGAUUCCCCGACAGCGAGGCCAAGGACGGCCUCAUCGAGAUGGCCAUGAAGGCGCUGCAACGGCAAAAGUAA